AUGAUGUUAUCUGAAAGAAAUCAAAGCAGCAGACCUACUUUUAUUCUCCUGGGUUCCUCAGAAUACCCAGAACUCUGUGUUCCAUUCUUUCUGUUUUUCUUGUUCAUCUACACAGUCACUGUGGUGGGGAAUUUGGACAUGAUAAUAAUCAUCAAGAUCAAUUCGAAGGUCCACACAAUUAUGUACUUUUUGCUCAGUCAUUUAUCCUUUGUAGACUUCUGUUAUUUCACCUUAGUUACACCUAAACUGUUGGAGAACUUGGUUGUGGAAGACAGGAUCAUCUCUUUCUCUAGUUGUAGCUUGCAAUUUUGCUUUGCUUGCAUUUUUGCAGUGACAGAAACUUUCAUGUUAGAAACAAUGUCCUAUGACCAUUUUGUGGCAGUUUGUAACCCAUUGCUCUAUACUAUUACUACGUCUCAGAAGCUUUGUGCUCUUCUGGUGGCUGGGUCUUACACAUGGGGUGUAGUGUGUUCCCUGGUACUCAUGUAUUUUCUUCUUGAACUGUCCUAUUGUGAAUCUAACAACAUCAAUAAUUUUAUCUGUGACCACUCUGUAAUUGUUUCAGUCUCCUGCUCAGACCCUUAUAUCAGCCAGGUGCUGUGUUUUGCUAUUGCUGUAUUCAAUGAGACAAGCAGCCUGAUGAUUAUUCUUAUU